CGUCCCCGGCCGUCCCCUCGCCCCGAGACAGCUCGACCCUCGACGGUCGCCCGCCCGCCCGCCCGCCUCGCCCGCUCCUAGGCCUCUCGCUCGCCGCCAUGCCCCCCAAGAAGCUGGACCCGAAGAAGGAGGACCCCAAGGCCGCCGCCAAAGCGGCCCCGGCCCCCGCCCCGGCCCCGGCCCCGGCCCCCGUGCCGGAGCCCCCCAAGGAGGUGGCGUUCGACCCGUCGAAGAUCAAGAUCGAGUUCACCCACGACCAGAUAGAAGAGUUCAAGGAAGCCUUCUCCCUGUUCGACCGGACGCCCAAGUGCGAGAUGAAGAUCAGCUACGGCCAGUGCGGGGAUGUGAUGCGCGCCCUGGGCCACAAUCCCACCCAGGCCGAGGUCCACAGGGUGCUGGGCCGCCCCAAACCCGACGAGCUGAACUCGAAGAUGAUGGACUUCGAGACCUUCCUGCCCCUGCUGCAGCACGUGUCCACCGGCAAGGACAGGGGCACCUACGAGGACUUCGUGGAGGGGCUGCGCGUCUUCGACAAGGAGGGCAACGGCACCGUCAUGGGCGCCGAGCUCCGCCACGUGCUCUCCACCCUGGGGGAGCGGCUGACGGAGGACGAAGUGGAGAAGCUGAUGGCCGGACAGGAGGACGUCAACGGCUGUGUCAACUACGAGGCGUUCGUGAAAUACAUUAUGUCCAACUAAAGCCGGAGGGAUUCAGGAAGUCCAGUCCGCGUCCGGACCCCACGGGGCGGGGGGGCGCAGCUUCCUGUUCCAGCCUGGGAACGAGGAGAUUCCCGACCGUCCGGAAAUCUUGGGAUGGGGGAAGCGGGGGUCGGGGGAGGCGGUUUUCCUGGGA